CCGGUGGCGCUCUUUCUCUCUCUCUCGGCCUCCUCCCUCCUCGAGUCUGUGUCCGCCUCCGAGCUCGUUCUCCUUUGGAUUUUGCAGCCGCCGAGAAGAGCGAGUGGUGCCUGCCGCCCGCCCGCCCGCCCGCCGCCGCGAUGGGCUGCACGUUGAGCGCCGAAGACAAGGCGGCCGCCGAAAGGAGCCGGAUGAUCGACCGCAACCUGCGCGAGGACGGGGAGAAGGCGGCCAAGGAGGUGAAGCUCCUCUUGCUGGGUGCUGGAGAAUCUGGUAAAAGCACCAUUGUGAAGCAAAUGAAAAUCAUUCAUGAAGAUGGCUAUUCAGAGGAAGAGUGUAAGCAGUAUAAAGUGGUUGUCUACAGCAAUACUAUCCAAUCUAUCAUUGCAAUAAUAAGAGCAAUGGGAAGGCUAAAGAUAGACUUUGGUGAAGCUGCUAGAGCUGAUGAUGCUCGUCAGUUGUUUGUCUUAGCUGGAAGUGCAGAAGAAGGAGUCAUGACUCCAGAACUAUCAGGAGUGAUUAAGCGGUUAUGGAGAGACCCUGGAGUUCAAGCAUGCUUCAGCAGAUCGAGAGAAUAUCAGCUUAAUGAUUCUGCUUCCUACUAUCUAAAUGACCUGGACAGAAUAUCUCAGCAGAACUACAUUCCAACUCAGCAAGAUGUUCUACGGACCAGAGUGAAAACAACAGGCAUUGUAGAAACACACUUCACUUUCAAGGACUUGUAUUUCAAGAUGUUUGAUGUUGGUGGUCAGCGCUCAGAACGUAAGAAAUGGAUCCAUUGCUUUGAAGGAGUAACGGCAAUUAUAUUCUGCGUAGCUCUUAGUGAUUAUGACCUUGUUCUUGCUGAAGAUGAAGAAAUGAAUCGUAUGCAUGAGAGUAUGAAACUCUUUGACAGCAUUUGUAACAAUAAGUGGUUCACAGAUACAUCAAUCAUUCUUUUCCUGAACAAAAAAGAUCUGUUUGAGGAAAAGAUAAGGAGGAGUCCACUAACAAUUUGUUACCCAGAAUACCCAGGGUCUAAUACAUAUGAGGAAGCAGCUGCAUACAUUCAAUGCCAGUUUGAAGAUCUCAACCGAAGAAAAGACACCAAGGAAAUUUAUACCCAUUUCACUUGUGCCACUGACACCAAAAAUGUGCAGUUUGUUUUUGAUGCUGUUACAGAUGUUAUAAUUAAAAACAACCUGAAGGAAUGUGGACUCUACUAAAAGGAGGAGGAUGGUGAAAAAGGAUUUGGUGUUUUAAGAACUGAACUGUUUAUUUGCUGCCUCGUGGGACAGCUGCAAGCAUGAACAGGACUGGGGAAUGAAAACAGCAUGCAAAAUCCUUGCAUUCUUUAGCACAAUCUUCUGUACUAGGGACCUUUUAUUGAUAUGGGAUACUGAGAUUGGGCUCCAAAAUGGAACUAAUGUUAAGUGUGAUUUUUUUGAUCAUCCAGGCAUACCUUGGAUCGCAUAGUUUCAGAUGUGUACAGCUGUUAAAACGUUGCAAUCCCAGAACUUCAAUAUGUAGCUUUCCUUCUUCAAUAAGUCACUACUGUUAAGUUUUUAAAAGUUUUCCAUCAAAACUGCAUCUUGACCAAAUUUUAUUUCUGUAUUUACAAACAGUUUUGUUUUGAAAACAAACAAAAACACUUAACUAUGCACAUGUGACCAGAUCAUGCAGAAAGUAUUCCUCUUAGCAGGAACCUUUUGUUUUUAAAACUUGGUGUGGUCAGAACUUGAUAUUACUGCAACUAAAAGGGCCUUAGAAUUCUUACAGCUAAAGCUAUGGCUUCGUCUAAUGUAUACUUUCUUACUGUUAUGCUAUGAACACUGUAAGGCUUUCCCUGUCCCCAAAAGAUAGACUUUCUGUAGCAGGGUUAUAAUUUUUUUUCUUGCUUAUGGGUUGGGGAGGGUUAGUGUGGUCUUAUGCUGAUUACCAAAUCUCUGAGUGUGCUGCUGCUGUAGCAGGUGUAAAUCUGCUUGUUAUAUGAAAUGCCAAGGGUGGCGCUUCCAGUGAGAAAGGUGAGUUGUAAAAUUUCAAACUGGAAAGGAGAGUAAGUGUUGCUGCAGAGCUAAUUAAUCAACCACUUAAUUGUUUCUCUGUGUGUUCUGGUCUUAAAGCAGUGGGACGUUUUGUAGACGGUGCAAUUUGUUCUUCAUUUACCAGGGCCUCCUAUCUUCAGAGAUUUCAAAAAUGUAUGAACAGCAUGCCUUUACUUUGUAAAUGUGGUGCCAAGUUCUUGUUUGCCAUUGUUUUUACUGUAGUGAUGUUAUUAAGCAGAGGCAGUACAUUUCUUUGCUGAAAUCAUUACAUUGAGACUCCUUCCCAAUUUGUCAUGUACAGUUUCAACCUGGUGUAGUUAUUGGCAAUAUUAAAAUGGUGAGUUAAAAAUCUUAAUGUUCCUAAUUUUAUUGGAGCCAUUUCUAGAAAUGUUCUAGAAAUCUUUUGUCAGUUUCCUUUGUUUGCAUUUCCAGUUUCUUUAAAUAAAGAUUUUAGUUAGAUCAA